CAAUGUCUAUCAUCACUCUUUGCUAAAAGCUUAGCACUGGGCAUAUGGGGAAGGAAUCACUUCCGUGAUUCGGUAACGCACUGCGCAUGCGCAUUGUGAGACGUAACUAUUGUCAACAGUGUUGUAGCUUUUGUAAAAUGGCGGAUCGUGGAGGAGAAGCUGACAGUGAGGAUGAGUUGUACGAGGUUGUGGACAUCACUGAAUAUGCACGACGACAUCAGUGGUGGUGUCGAGUUUUUGGGAGCAACACAGGACCCAUUGCUGAAAAGUAUUCAGUCGCCACACAGAUCAUGAUGGGUGGUGUGACAGGAUGGUGUGCUGGUUAUCUAUUUCAGAAAGUUGGGAAAAUUGCCGCAACUGCAGUUGGUGGAGGAUUCCUUUUGUUACAAAUUGCCAAUCACAGCGGGUAUGUGCAGGUGGACUGGAAGAAAGUAAAGAAGGAUGUUAAUAAAGCAAAAAAGCAUUUGAAGAAGAAGGCCGACAAAGCAGCACCAGAGCUGAAUUCAUUUAUCGAAGAGUCUACAGAAUUUGUGAAGAGGAAUAUAGUCAUUUCAAGUGGGUUUCUUGGAGGAUUUCUGCUGGGUCUGGCAUCUUGAAUCACUGGACCUGCUUUACAAAUGGACACUCCUUACCUAGAGAUAUUCUAUGCUGUAUUUUUUAUUGCAUUGCUUUAUUCCAGAGAACCUAAGAAAGUGUGCAGUGUUGCUUGGUUUAAGGCAGAACUGGGGAAGUUUAGUUUGGCUUUUCAGCUAUCGUCAUGUCUACGAAAGAAAAAGAUUCACAUCUUGUAAAUAAUGACUGCUGUGGUAUGAGCCAUUUUGUCUUGAAGACUUGUUGAUAAGGUAGAAAAGGGAACACUGGACCAGGGCUGUUUGUGAUACAUGUUAUGUUGUAGGCCUGAGUUGAACUGUGCUGUAUUAAAGAAUAAAGAAUUGUUUGCGUAUUUAA